GAAGAAAAUCCUUCAGCAGGUGCAUAUUUACAGGGUAUAGACUAUGGACGUUGGGCCCGUGCUUAUUUCCCAGGUAUUCGAUAUAAUAUAAUGACAACAAAUAUUGCUGAGUCGUUUAAUGCCUUAGCACGACACGCACGAAAAUUACCGGUUAUGAUGCUACUUGAGUUUUUGCGUUCUACCAUUCAGAAAUGGUUUUACUCUCGGCGCACUAUGUCAGAGGCUUCUACUAAUAAACUCACUCCGUGGGCUGAGGAGAAAAUAGCAGGUCAUAUCCUAAAAUCAGCUAACAUGGUUGUCAAACCAAUAAGUAUGCACCGAUAUGAAGUCCACGGUGUGGCCCAAUCGAUCGCUAUAGUGGAUCUAUGUGCGCAGGAGUGUAGCUGUAAGAAAUUUCAAUUGUCACAUAUUCCGUGUACACACGUUGUAGCCGUGGCUAGGUUUCAGAAUCUUUCGGAUUGUUAUCAAUGGGUUAGUAAAUACUAUUCAACCGAAUAUUGGCAAGCAGUAUAUCGAGAGAGUGUUGAACCACUAGGAGAUCCUUCUGAAUGGUUACGUCCGGAGAAUCUUCCCGAGAUCCAGCCACCUCUAAUACAGAAUCGUCGUUCAGGCCGACCGUCAGAACAAAGAAGGAGACCAUCGCAGGGGGAGGAAGUACGUCAACCUGUUUGUAGUCGGUGUCGCGAGCGUGGGCAUACUAGACUUACUUGUGCGAACCCUUUAUAAUUGCGUACAUCCAGAUGUUUAGGAUGUGCAAUUUGAGGAAACUGGGCACUACAGCGCAAUUUGAGGAUAAUGGGAACUAAGGGAAAUUAUUUUUUCUGUUUGGAUGUAUCAAUAGAUUUGUUUUUAUUUUGUAUUGUUGUGUAAUGAUAUUUUUUGCAACAUUUACUUUGUUUGUAUCCAAGGGAAGAUAUACUAGGUGUUUUUGAAAA